AUACAAAUCUGUAAAUAAUUUUAUAUGGUCAUAAAAAUAAUUAUAUAGAACAUUCAAGUUGGUUGCUAGAAUCAAAACUUUUUACAGCAUUGCUUGUCAUGCUCAAUAUUUUCUAUAAAUAUUCUGAUGAUCAAACAAAAUUAUUUUUAGAUACUUUAAUAAUACUGUUUUUUUCAGUGUAUAUUUCGUGUUUACAAUUUGUAUCGUUUGGUCUAAUUUCAAAUGAGUUAGUUUAAUAUAACUUGGUACAGCAUAAUCUAGCAAUAUUUAUUGCUGGCUGCUAUGAACGUCCGAUGUUGUAAUUUGUUAUCACAGUAAAAUGAAUAGAAAGUUUUUGUAAAAUGUACAUGUAUUGUCAAUCAUCAUAGACACCGGAAACAUUCGAUGUUUCCCAUAUAUAUGGAAUAUACAGAUGCCUAGAGUUCUGUACGCAGUCCCACGGUACUAAACUUUAUUAUGCGUUGUCGUUUUCACCUUGGCCCGGAAUUACGUUACAUGGAACCCCUGCGGGUUUUAGCAUUAGACAAGAGUGAACGAGCAUGUCUGGAUGUCUGCGCGAGGAUUUAGUAUGACAUCUUCUUAAGCAACUUGGUUAGGAUGCAAGUGGACAAUGUCGAUUUCUAUAGUGGCUUAUAUGCCUUUUAUAGCUUCGCAAUUUUAUCCCAAAUUUUACACUAUGAUUCCCGCUGGAUUAUUGGUUGGACUAGGCGGUGGACCGCUUUGGUGCGCAAAAUGUACUUAUUUAACCGUGGCGGCAGAAGCUUACUCGACUAUUUCAGAUAUAGCCACCGAUAUUCUUGUUACAAGAUUCUUUGGUCUUUUUUUUAUGUUUUAUCAAAUGGCACAAGUGUGGGGGAACCUUAUAUCUUCUGCAGUUCUUUCCUACGGAAUCGACGCGGUCGAUAAAAACGUGACUCUGAACAGUAGCGUUGUCGCUGAGAUUUGCGGGGCAAAUUUCUGUGGGGUGUCUGAGGAAAACGAAAAUCCAAAUCUGCAGCGACCUCCGGUAGAACGAAUAUACCUCAUUUCUGGAAUUUAUCUAGGUUGUAUGAUAUUAGCUUGUCUAAUAAUUGCAUUCACCGUUGACUCCUUAUCCAGAUACGAUAGAAACAGAGCCCGCUUAGUGAAAGGAUCGUCCGGAUUCAAGCUCUUGGCCGUGACAUUAAAACUAUUGAAAGAGAAGAAGCAACUUUUAAUAUUGCCGAUAACAUUGUUUAUUGGGGCAGAGCAAGCGUUUUUAUUUGCCGAUUAUAGCGCAUCGUUCGUUUCCUGUGCUUGGGGGAUUAAUAAUAUUGGUUACGUGAUGAUAUGUUUCGGUGUUACUAAUGCCAUAGCUGCACUCGCUACAGGAGCCGUCGUGAAAUUGACUGGAAGGAAGCCAGUGAUGAUUUUUGCUUUUUGUUUGCACUUAAGUCUUUUCAUCUUCAUGUUACGAUGGAAACCGACACCAGAACAGGGUAUUAUCUUCUUUCUGCUGUCGGGUUUAUGGGGUGUGUGUGAUUCGAUCUGGCUGGUGCAAGUUAAUGCAUUAAGUGGUAUAUUAUUUCCUGGUCAAGAAGAAGCGGCUUUCUCGAAUUUCCGCUUGUGGGAGUCCACUGGUUCAGUGAUAACGUACGUGUACAGUCCAUACCUUUGUACUUACAUGAAACUGUACCUUUUAAUCGGAAUACUAUGCGCUGGAAUGGUUGGUUACGGUGUUAUCGAGUGGUCAGGCAUUCAGGCAGACAGAGUUGUUGAAGAUAAGCCUGAUUUUGAGUUAAUGGCUGAUAAAGAAAAUAAUCGAUAAAAUAUAAAAAUAUAGUAAGAUAUCGUUUCUUUCGAUUGAUGGAAUUGUAGGAAACCGUAUCGAAAUAUUUUCGUUUUUUAUUAUUAAAGUGUGAAAAAUGAAAAGAUUUUUUUACAAAAUGUAUUUGAUAAAAAAAUUUCUGAAACGCGCCUAAAAUAUUUCUCAAUCAUCGUUCGCUUAAUAUCAAUCUUGUUAUCAAAAGAUAUAAGGGAUAAGACGCACUCUACUAUAUGUACCUGAAAGUAUUGCAAUAAGAAAAAUGUAUUUUUUUCAAAAUAAAACAAUUGUCACGAAAACGAAA